CCGCUGGGGCCCAACUCUCGCGAGAUCUCCCCGGGCCACCUUCGCACCUUCCGAGGAACUUCCGGAGGAAGUUCCGGAGAGCCGCGGCGCGUAAACGCGACACGCCAGCCCUGCGCCAGCGCGCCGCCAGUGCGCAGGCGCCUCCACUCUGCUGCUCUUCCUCGUCCGUGUGUCCACUGCCGGCCGUCGGGUCCUAUGUCGCGCCGGGCCCUCCGCAGGCUGAGGGGGGAACAGCGCGGCCAGGAACCCCUAGGCCCCGACGCCUUGCGGUUUGACCUCCUCGAGGACGAUGACGCAGACGAAGAGGGACCAAAACCGGGGUUGGGUGGCCGGCGCCCCGGGGCCGCAGGGAAGGAGGGAGUCCGUGUCAACAACCGGUUCGAGCUGAUAAACAUGGAGGAUCUUGAGGAUGGCCUUGUGGUAAACGGGGAGAGGUCGGAUGCUACCCUGCCAGACUCUGUGUCAUCAGGGAACAAAGGAAGGGCUCAACGUGGAAACCCAGAGACCAAGCAAGAUGGGGAUGUGGCCAACGCAGGGUUCCCGGAACAGUCCAAUGCAAGUGGCAAACUCCGAAAGAAGAAAAAGAAGCAGAAAAAUAAGAAAAGCUGCCCAGGAGAAUCUUCGGAGAAUGGUCUAGAAGACAUUGAUCGCAUCUUAGAGAGGAUUGAAGACAGCAGUGGGUUCACCCACCCAGGGCCCCCUCCACUGAGCUCCAGGAAGCACAUCCUAUAUGUGGAGCACAGACAGUGUGCUCAAAGCUGCCCAGGAUUCCUGCUGCUCCUGCCUCAGCCUUCCAGACACUUGAAUCCAGAUACAGAACUGAAAAGGUAUUUUGGUGCUCGAGCAGUCCUGGGAGAACAAAGGCCUCGACAGAGACAGCGUGUGUAUCCCAAGUGUGCAUGGCUGACAACCCCUAAGAGCACUUGGCCCCGAUACAGCAAACCAGGUCUGUCAAUGCGGCUGCUGGAAUCCAAGAAAGGCCUUUCUUUCUUUGCAUUCGAGCAUAGUGAGGAGUACCAACAGGCACAGCACAAGUUCCUGGUGGCCGUGGAGUCUAUGGAGCCAAACAACAUUGUGGUUCUGCUGCAGACAAACCCCUACCAUGUGGACUCACUGCUGCAGCUCAGUGAUGCUUGCCGCUUUCAGGAGGAUCAAGAAAUGGCUCGAGAUCUCAUAGAGAGAGCGCUGUACAGCAUGGAGUGUGCCUUCCAUCCCCUGUUCAGCCUCACCAGUGGGACUUGCAGGCUGGAUUACCGAAGACCUGAGAACAGGAGCUUCUACUUGGCCCUCUACAAGCAGAUGAGUUUCUUGGAGAAACGAGGGUGCCCACGCACUGCGCUGGAGUACUGCAAGCUCAUCCUGAGCCUGGAGCCUGACGAGGACCCCCUGUGCAUGCUGCUGCUUAUUGACCACCUGGCCUUGCGGGCCCGGAACUAUGAGUACCUGAUCCGCCUCUUCCAGGAAUGGGAGGCUCAUCGGAACCUGUCCCAGCUACCAAAUUUUGCCUUCUCAGUUCCAUUGGCAUAUUUCCUUCUGAGUCAGCAAACAGACCUACCUGAGCACGAGCUCACCUCUGCCAGGCAGCAGGCUUCCCUUCUGAUACAGCAGGCGCUCACUAUGUUCCCUGGAGUUCUUAUGCCAUUGCUGGAGUGUUGCAGUGUGCGGCCUGAUGCAACAGUCUCAAACCACCGCUUCUUUGGGCCAGAUGCUGAGAUAAGCCAGCCCCCUGCCCUGAGCCAGCUGGUGAGUCUGUACCUUGGGAGGUCGCACUUUCUUUGGAAAGAACCUGCUACCAUGAGCUGGCUGGAGGAAAACGUCCGUGGGGUUCUGCAAGCAGUGGAUGCUGGGGACCCUGCCGUGGAGGCCUGCGAGAACAGGCGGAAAGUGUUGUACCAGCGUGCACCCAGAAACAUCCACCGUCAUGUGAUUCUCUCUGAGAUCAAGGAGGCUGUUGCUGCUCUUCCCUCGGACGUGACCACACAGUCUGUGAUGGGGUUUGACCCUCUGCCUCCCCUGGACACCAUCUACUCGUACGUCAGACCAGAAAGGUUGAGUCCAGUCAGCCACGGAAACACAAUCGCUCUCUUCUUCCGGUCGUUAUUGCCAAACUACACCACAGAGCAGCUGUAAGUUCAUCCAGAUGAGGAUGUGAUAUCUGGAGCUGCCGCAGCUAUUCUACGACCACGAGGCAAUGAACUCCAAAGUGAAGAGCCAGUGUACUAGGAACAGUGAAGCAGACGAUGCCCCAGGCCUCCGGGAGACUUCCUGCCCCCGGGCCUGUUCCCGAGAGGCCAGGAUGAUCGGCUUCACAGGUGUUCAGACUCGAGUAAUUGUCAACUGAAUCCAUUUCUAAUGGUGAAAAAUAAAAACCAGUCACUCACAUCAUCUGUGGAUCAUCGGGAAAAGUAACUUUUUGAGACAAAGUCUCAACGUGUAGCCCUCAAUGGCCUGGAGCUUGCUAUGUAGACCAGGCUGGCCACAGAGACCCACCUGCCUCUGCCUCCCAAAUGUUAGGGUUAAAAUCGUGUACCACCACACCUAAUCUGCAUGUCAUCUAAGAGCUUUAAAGUCCGGCCUGCCGCCCAGGGCGGUGAUAGUGUACCCCGCUCCUCCCUGGGCCCUCCUCAGUCCCAGCAGGAGGUGCCUGCCUAUGUACCCCUGUGCAGAAUUGUUGGUUAUUGUGCAUUUUUGUGUAGUCAGGGAGAAAGCCUGUUUGCUGUCUCCCGGAGAAAGUUCAGAGGAAAUGAAUGACUUUCAAACAAAGACAUGGUGACUGGC